AUGUCUUUCCCACCAUUAGAGAAUCCAAAUUUGGAAGGUUAUAAUGUCGCACGUGCUAUGUGGCUCGAAUAUUAUAAUUCGCAUGAAGGCACCUAUGUUGCUCGUAAGAAAUGUAAUGGGUGUUAUAACGAGAAUAGAUUUGUUGUUUGGGCUGUAGCUGUAGCAUCUCAAGCAAUUGUUGAUGCAGCUAGAAUUUAUCCUGAAUUCAAACCAUUAAUUGCACCAGCUAUUCAAAUAUUCCAAAAAUACAAGAAUAAAACAAUUAAGGGGUAUUCUGCCGCAGAAAAUGCCGGGAGUGACCGUGAUAUUUAUUACGACGAUGAUGCACAAGUUGCUAGUGCUAUAAUUACUGCCUAUGAAGUCACAGGUGAUAAGAAGUAUUUGGACCAAGGUAGAGAAUUGGUUAGGUUUUUAAUGAGUGGUUGGAAUAGUAAUCCAAAUGCUAAAACUAAAGGGGGUGUUCAUUGGCAUAUCAGCAAAAAAUAUUUGAAUGCUUGUACUACUGCCGAAGUUGCUAAAGCAUGUUUACAAAUUUCUCAAUUUCUCCCACAAGAAGCUGGUGUUUAUAUUGAUUUUGCUGCAAAGUGUAUCGAUUGGCAAAUACAAGUCUUGCAAGAUCCUGGUGAUAAGUUGAUCAAAGAUGGUGUUUCUGAAAAUGAUACCAAAGUCAAUAAUGUGAAGUGGACCUAUAAUGUUGGAACAACUUUAUCUGCUGCAUCUCAUUUGUAUUUCAUUACCAAGGACCAAAAAUGGAAGAAAAUUGCUGAAGAGUUAGCCAAUGCCGGUAUCAACCGAGGUGUAUUCUUCUAUGAUAGAGAUUUCCCUAAUUCAAAGCGUUAUUGGCGUGAUGCUUCAUAUUUCAAUCAAUUAUUAAUUGAAGGGUUGGCUGAUUAUUUGUUGUAUUUGGGCACUGAAGCUCCAGAAGAUUUAGCAAAUAGAAUCCAUGAAGAAAUCAAAAGACAUUUGAUUAUGUUUUAUGAAUUUAUGAAAGAUCCAAAAGAUGGUAUGUAUAUUCAAAGUUUUGAACCUCAUAAUACCUAUCGUGAAGUUUACGAUGCCAAAUAUCACAAGCAUUUUGGUGAUGAAAAAGGUUGGGGUUUGAAAGGUGAAGAUAAAGAUGAUAAAGGAAACCCACAAAAAUGUUUAAUGGGUUUCGGAGCUGCAGCCAGAGUUUUCUUUCAAGGGGCUCGUGUUGUCCCUAAUAUUGAACCUUAUGAAUAUUAA